AUGAACGAUUCGCCCGUCCUCGUCAAGCCCAAGCGGCUUUCGACUCCCACACCCGGCCAGCUGCUGGCCGCUCGACUGCGCCCUGCCGAUGAAUUUUUUACUCAUCUGGAGCCCGCGAAACUUGUCGAAGCACUAACACCGCCCAACGGUGUUUUAAGGGGAUGCCUCGCAGAAGCUUCCGCCAUCGACCGGGACUUCGCAAUGCGAACGGCCAUGGCAUCCCACGAGAUCUGGCAAUGGCUCGACGAGCUGAACCAGUGGAAUUGGCCAAAGCAUGGGGGGUCCGAGGGCUUCCUGGAGCCCAACAAUACGCAAAGGAAGCUUUUUGCCCAGGCCCCGGCCCCUGGAGAGGAGGCUGACAAGAAGCAAUACAUGGGAAGCCUCCUCGCUGAAGAGGUGGAAAAAUACGAAUCAAGAAUCAACCAGAUCAACCAGGCGAUGGAUAGACUGGAUCUGGAAGAGAUCAAAGGUCACGUCAUAAGCGACCACAUCCUGCCGCUGUCAAGGCCGGGUACCCCAAUGAACAUGGAUCCCCGUCAAUCCAUGUUGUCAGCCCUAUCGAGCUAUCAUAAAAUGGAAGACAUCUCCGUCCUCAUCACCGCCAUUGUUAUACGAACCCUGCCCAACCUGGCAAAGCUCUCUCGCCAACUGCAGCUGUGGCACAUGCGCAUCAUUGUCCUCCGACAUGUCAACCCCUUUUUGCAGGCCAUCCAGGAAGUGGAAGCUCUUCUUGGCGAAAACUGGGAGGCCAUUUCUCAGUCCCACUGGGAAAUGGAGCAGCCCAGCAGAAAGGCCAUUGUCCUGCCUGCACGCACUUUGACCGACAAAGACUUUGAUACCCGCAAGCAGUCACUCGCACUCAAAGUUGCCGAGCCCGGCCGUACUUUGGAUUAUAUGCUAGACUGCUUGGAGGGUGCUCCAGACACGCUGCCGGAUGCCUGGCUCAACCGCUUGGAAGAUGUUGAGCAAGGCUUCGGAGAGUGGGUUACUGCCUGCGAACGAAUGAUGGCCGAGGCCAAGCUGGCCCAGACAAAACCUUCGCCAUCUCCAACGAGGGCCGGCUCGGGAAGCAACAAACUCUCACCACCGUUAUUACUAUUGCCGCCCACCGGUGAUCUUGACCCAAUUGCAGAAGAUGAAUUGUCCUCAUCCGAGGAUCAUCCCACUCCCGAGUCUGGAUCCUCUCCCGAAGAUGUUGUAGUGGUUGACGACCACAUGUCAGCCAUCAGCGAAGAAGAUGAGCUGGAUCUACCCAACUUUGGCUCCCCCGCAUCCAUAUACGCCGACGAUGCUUCAAGCGAUAUGCCUGAAAUCUCUGCAUCUCCUGCCGGUCCUAGGAAUCGACUCCGUGAGGCACUGUAUGCUCAUGGCGAAAGCCCCCCAAGCUCGCCUCCAGAAGUAGAACGCCGUGCUAGGGAAAGCAUGGGUCUCCUCGACAGCCCCAUGGUUGCGCCAAUUGCCGAAGACGACGAGUCAUUCUUCAGAUCCGCGUACGAUGAAGAUUCAUUCUUGGAUGACUUUGAAGAUUCGUAUGCCCCCGAUCUGCCCGACGUGCCCGCCCCGCCCACUCGCCGAGAAAGUGCGGGCGAGCAGCAACUUCGCCUGCAAAUCACCCAGAUUAUUGAAUCUAUACCAGCUAGAAUCAAGCUUACCAAUGGAACGUCGGGCAUCAACCUCAACCCGCCAGAUCUCCAGCUCCCUCGGCUGAGGAACAAGGCCUCCAGGGAGCCGAUGAAGCGGAGCACAUCGGGCAUGUCAACCCGAACUGCCACGCCUUCAUUCAUCCUGUCUCCUGUCAAACAGAGGACGCGCCCCAAGGGUCAUUAUCCGAUCAGGGUUUAUCAUCUCUCUAGAUCGGACAACGAGGCCCCCAUUAAGCUAUUCAUCCGCUGCGUUGGAGAACACGGAGAGCGAGUCAUGGUCCGCGUAGGUGGUGGAUGGGCCGACUUGUCCGAAUACUUGAAGGAGUACGCUAUGCACCAUGGCCGCCGAUCGACUGGUCAAGAUAGGACCAAGGUAGAGGUUCGCGAUAAUACUCGAACUCCUGGACCUGCCCACUCCACCCACUCCAGCCCUCCCAGCCGCUCCCCUACCUCUGCCGACAACCGCUCUGCUACCAGUCCUAUGCCAACGGCGCGUAAGUCACGGAGGAGCAGUGUCAACAGCUCCUUACGACCAAAGACCCCAGUAACUCCGGGCCAGCCGGCGCAAGGUACACCCCCGUCUGAAGGCUCGGCGAUCUCGAGGCCCAGCUCACGACAGAGUUGGGUAGAGGAUGAAAGCUCCUUCUUGGGUCUGGCAGGACCAAGGGCUAAGAAGAUUGAAAUGAGCGAAGAGAGCAAGGCCUGGGUUGAAAGCAUAAAAGAGAAGGUACUCAUGGCCAGCAGCAGCGAUAAGAAGCCAAGCGAGAAGAAGCCAAGCGAGAAGAAGCCAAGCGAGAAGAAGAAGCCUGGUGAGAAGAACUUUGGCGAUAUCGGAAAGGCUGGAGGCACCAAGCGCGUGUUUAGGAGAGCCUAG